UCCGCCAGCAUCGCCACCACUGUUGACACCGCUCCGAAUCUCCAGUUGCGCCCAUGCCUGUGCCGCCAGUUUCGGUUUAGGGGCUGAACCGCAGGGGCUGAAGAAAAUGGGGCAGAGCGCGCCCCGGACCCUCCUGCUGCUGCUGGCGGGGCUGCUGGGGGAGGCUCUGGCGGGGUUCCCCAACACCAUCAGUAUAGGUGGACUUUUCAUGAGAAACACUGUUCAGGAGCACAGUGCAUUUAGAUUUGCUGUGCAGCUAUACAACACAAACCAAAAUACCACAGAAAAGCCCUUCCAUUUGAACUAUCACGUAGAUCACUUGGACUCUUCCAACAGUUUUUCAGUGACAAAUGCUUUCUGUUCACAGUUUUCCAGGGGAGUUUAUGCCAUCUUUGGAUUCUAUGACCAGAUGUCAAUGAACACCCUGACAUCAUUCUGUGGAGCCCUUCACACGUCCUUCAUCACACCAAGCUUCCCAACAGAUGCAGAUGUGCAGUUCGUCAUCCAGAUGCGGCCAGCAUUAAAAGGAGCCAUCUUGAGUCUCUUGACUUACUAUAAGUGGGAAAAGUUUGUGUACCUCUAUGACACAGAACGGGGAUUUUCCAUUCUUCAGGCAAUUAUGGAAGCUGCAGUACAGAACAACUGGCAAGUGACAGCCAGAUCUGUAGGAAGCAUAAAAGAUGUUCAAGAGUUCAGAAGAAUUAUAGAGGAGAUGGACAGACGGCAAGAAAAAAGAUACUUAAUUGACUGUGAAGUAGACAGAAUCAACACCAUUUUGGAACAGGUUGUAGUCCUUGGCAAACAUUCUAGAGGCUAUCACUACAUGUUAGCUAACCUGGGUUUCACAGACAUUGUUCUGGAGAGAGUAAUGCAUGGAGGUGCCAACAUUACUGGAUUCCAGAUUGUUAAUAAUGAAAACCCAAUGGUUCAACAGUUUCUACAGCGUUGGAUGCGGCUUGAUGAAAGGGAAUUCCCUGAAGCCAAAAACUCACCAUUAAAGUACACAUCUGCACUGACCCAUGAUGCAGUCCUGGUCAUAGCAGAGGCUUUCCGGUACCUCCGAAGGCAGCGUGUUGAUGUCUCCAGGAGAGGCAGUGCUGGAGACUGCCUGGCUAAUCCUGCAGUGCCAUGGAGCCAAGGAAUUGAUAUAGAAAGAGCACUUAAAAUGGUGCAAGUUCAAGGAAUGACAGGGAAUAUCCAGUUCGACACCUAUGGGCGGAGAACAAAUUACACAAUUGAUGUGUAUGAAAUGAAAGCUGCUGGAUCACGGAAGGCUGGUUAUUGGAAUGAAUAUGAAAGAUAUGUACCAGCAUUAGAUCAGCUGCCCUCUAAUGACACUUCAUCUGUGGAGAACAGAACUAUAGUAGUAACUACCAUCUUGGAAUCACCAUAUGUAAUGUAUAAGAAAAACCAUGAACAACUAGAAGGGAAUGAGAGAUAUGAAGGAUAUUGUGUAGACUUAGCUUCUGAAAUAGCAAAACAUGUUGGAAUAAAAUACAAACUGUCAAUUGUUGGAGAUGGGAAAUAUGGAGCUAGGGACCCUGAGACUAAGAUAUGGAAUGGCAUGGUGGGUGAACUGGUCUAUGGGAGAGCAGAUAUAGCUGUUGCCCCCCUCACCAUAACAUUGGUGCGAGAAGAAGUCAUAGACUUUUCCAAACCCUUUAUGAGUCUGGGUAUCUCCAUCAUGAUCAAGAAGCCUCAGAAAUCUAAACCAGGCGUAUUCUCUUUCCUGGAUCCUUUGGCUUAUGAAAUUUGGAUGUGUAUAGUCUUUGCUUACAUUGGCGUCAGCGUAGUUCUUUUCCUAGUCAGCAGAUUCAGCCCUUAUGAGUGGCACUUGGAAGACAACACUGAAGAACCACGUGACCCUCAGAAUCCUCCUGACCCUCCAAAUGAGUUUGGAAUAUUUAACAGCCUUUGGUUUUCCCUGGGUGCCUUUAUGCAGCAAGGAUGCGAUAUUUCUCCAAGAUCUCUCUCAGGGCGAAUUGUUGGAGGAGUCUGGUGGUUCUUCACUCUCAUCAUUAUCUCUUCCUACACUGCUAAUCUCGCUGCCUUCCUUACGGUGGAAAGGAUGGUUUCACCCAUAGAGAGUGCAGAGGACCUGGCUAAACAAACUGAAAUAGCCUAUGGCACUUUGGAUUCAGGCUCAACCAAAGAAUUCUUUAGAAGGUCAAAAAUAGCUGUCUAUGAGAAAAUGUGGUCAUACAUGAAGUCAGCCGAGCCCUCAGUGUUCACCAAGACGACAGCGGAUGGAGUGGCGAGGGUGCGGAAGUCCAAGGGGAAAUUUGCCUUCCUGCUGGAGUCCACGAUGAAUGAGUACAUCGAGCAGCGCAAGCCCUGCGACACCAUGAAAGUUGGAGGAAACCUGGAUUCCAAGGGCUAUGGUGUAGCAACCCCCAAAGGCUCAGCAUUAAGAAAUGCUGUUAACCUGGCAGUAUUAAAACUGAAUGAGCAAGGCCUCUUGGACAAAUUGAAAAACAAAUGGUGGUACGACAAAGGAGAGUGCGGCAGCGGGGGAGGUGACUCCAAGGACAAGACAAGCGCUCUGAGCCUGAGCAAUGUUGCUGGCGUGUUCUAUAUCCUUGUGGGAGGCCUGGGGCUGGCCAUGAUGGUGGCACUGAUUGAGUUCUGCUACAAGUCUCGGGCUGAGUCCAAGCGAAUGAAACUCACCAAGAACACGCAGAACUUCAAACCUGCUCCCACCACCAACACCCAGAAUUACGCUACCUACAGAGAAGGCUACAACGUGUACGGCACAGAAAGUGUGAAAAUCUAGGGAUCUUCACCCUGACAGCAUGCAAGACAAAAAAGCAGCAGGGAAUGUGGCUGCUUCAUGGAUUUGGACCAUCUGAGCCAGUUGUACUCUCUCCGAGGUGUCAGGCAUGACACGCAUUGAUGAUGGUGCAAUGUACUUUUAAUAGGAAAAACUGGUAUUUUUUCCUUCAGUGCCUUAUGGAAGACUCUGAGACUCACAACAAUGCAAACCAUCACUGAAAUAUUCUUGCUUUGCUUCAAAGAAGUAAAAG